AAUAUAAUGCAACUCACUGGGGUGGAGCCAGAGCUUGAAUGCUUUAGGAUCAUAGGUCAACCUCCAGCUUGAGUGAGAUCAAGUCUCCCCAGGGCUCGCAUGCAUCCAUCCAGCCUUCCAUCCGACCCAACUAUUAAGUGCCUAAUAUGGACCAGGUGCCAUUCUAAGAACUGAGGGUGUAGGAGUAAAUAAAAAAGUCCUUGCCCUCAUUAAGUUUACAGUCAGUGGGAGAGCGACAGAGAGUGAAUGUGUACUGAUGACAGAGGCUGACUUCAUGAGUGAAAUGGAGAAGACAGAGUAGGAAACGGGCACAGGAGUGAAGGUUGGGGGCAGGGUCUUUUCUGGAACCUGGGAGCCCUGUGGAUAACUGCUGCUUCAGGUGGAGGGAGCUUCAUUCAUUCAGCCAUCACAUGCUCAAGAAUGAAACACAGGUGCUAUUGCUGAUGAGGGGAUAGGGUUGUACAGCAGGUCUUAAGGUGACAAGACCUAAAUACCUAGACUGCCGAAGAGAAUGUGAAAGCAAAGGAGAGUGUGGCCGAGGGAGAGGGUGUGAGGCCCGUGGCAGAGACGUGGAGAGACCUGGAGAGACUGGCGCUCAUGGAGGAACUGUCCAUGCUCAGGGACGUCCCUGCGCCCAGAGCAUCCAUGGUCCGUUGUCCAUGCUCCCAGCCUCCUCUUCCAGCUCCGUCUCCUCUCCGCACGUCUCUGUGGAUGGAUUCUCGGGGCUCAGCCCCCUCUCAUCUCAGCACACGCUCUCCCCAGGCUUCUCCUCCAGACCCAAGGCCUCAGGCGCUGACCACUCUCUUGCCUGCCCUUCUGCCCCCAACCUGAGAUCUGCAGCUGCACCCGCCUACUCGUCCCGCAGAGCCCAGCAGCCACAGGACCUGUCUCCUCUCUCUCUCGAUUGCACUGUUUCUCAUCAGUGCCCACAUCUCCUCCUGACUCCAGGCCACUACUGUCUGUCAUCUCUGUCACUGGAGCCGCUUCCCAUGUCAUCCUCUCUAGAAUAACCUCCAUGUUUCGCCCAGACAAAUCUUUCAAUGCAAAUGUUACCAUGUGAUCUGCUUUCACUCCAUCCCUUCACCUUCAACUAAUCUCAUGGUCAUUUCCUAACAAAGUCUAGCAGGCUUUUGAGACCUCGUUCCAGAGACUGUAAGAGCUCACCCCAAGCCCCCAAAACCACCACAUCCUUCAAUGCCAGUACAGACAGUGGAAUCCAGGGCUUCUUGAGAUACACAGGGGGUGGAAAGGGAGCCUGCAGGCACUACUUGCCUGGGAGUCCCUUGAGCUACCCCUGCGGAGGGAUCACAAGACAGGCAAGGACUGGGUUGUGCAGAGCCAGCGAGGCCAGGCUAACUUGCAUCUCAUGCCUGCUGCCUAGCCCCAGGGCUCACUGUGACGUCACUUGGGUCCAGCACUGCCCUGCAUUUGUGAAGCCCCACCUUGAAGCAGCUGCAGCUGGCAUUUCAUCAGCCUGGAUGGGAGGCAAAGGUUGAGCCACCCUGGACUCAAGCAACAAACAAGAUGCUCUGGCUACUAAUUCCACUGCUUGUGGCACUCAAGGGACAUGCCCAGGACAAUCCAGAUAAGGUUCAGUGUGGCUACCGACCUGCCUUUCUGAAGUCAAUCUGGUUGCCGUUUCAAGAACUGCUUGAAGUCCAGAAUGGUGAGUUCCCGUGGCAAGUGAGUAUCCAGCUGUCUGGGAAACACCUCUGUGCAGGCUCCAUCAUACAUCGGUGGUGGGUUCUGACGGCUGCACAUUGCUUCCCAAGGACCUUGUUGGAAACGGCAUUAACAGAUUUCACUGUGAUCAUGGGGACUAGAGUAUACAGCAAUAUCCAUGCGGAGAGAAAGCACGUGCAGAAGAUCAUUAUUCACCAGGAUUACAAGCCACCCCUCUUCGACAGUGACCUUGCUCUGCUCCUGCUUGCCACACCGGUAAAUUUCACCAACUUCAAAAUGCCCAUCUGCCUGCAGGAGAGAGAGAGGAUCUGGGACCGGUGUUGGAUGGCAGAGUGGGUGUCGGUUCAUGGAACUUCCAAUCUGAUCGUCCAUGGACCCAUCGCUGUCUGCGGCCAAUGCAGUGCUCAUUCUCACACUGACUUCCUCACUUUCCCAGGCCACUACGAUGGCUUAAACAUGCACCUGAAAAAGCUGAGGGUGGUACAGGUUGACUGGAAAGAAUGCCUCAAGAGAGUAAAAGAGCUCUCCAAGAACAUGAUUUGUGCCUGGCAGGAACCAGGCACCAAUGGCAAAUGCCAGGGAGACAGUGGGGCGCCCAUGGUCUGCUCUAUGCGUGGGACUCAGAGGUUCUUCCAAGUGGGUGUCUUCAGCUGGGGCAUAAGAUCCGGCACCAGGGGAAGACCUGGUCUGUUUGUGUCUGUGGCCCAAUUUAUUCCAUGGAUCCAGGAAGCGACGCAGAAAGAGGGGAAAGCCUUCACCAUCUCAGCAGCCCCGAGGAGCUCCCUGACUCCAGCUCCACAGUACCCCUUCCUUCUAGGCUUGGGGUCUCAAAUGCUGCUUGCCGCCAUGUUGACUGGAGAUAAAUCAGAUCUCUAGGCUGUGGA